AUGGUCAAGGCAGCGUUGGGGGUUCUGUACCUCCUCGCGUCUGCCACGGCAAACGGAUGGGAUUUGUUGCAGUGGGGUCUGCAAUCAAACACCACCUCCCGAACAGCUCAAGAAACAGAAGAGGGACCUGGUGAUUAUCGCUGGUUCCGGGUCGGUCGAGGCGGGAGAUCCCGCCCGGCGCAAUCUGACCCAAAAGACUCACAGGAAACCAGUUACAGAUUCUGGAAGGCAACCUUUGAAUCCGUUAGCAAAUUCUGGUGGGUGCGCAUCUGGGUAGACCUUAUCCUGCAAGUAGCGGAAAAUGGGUUGCACUACUGCGGGACUCUCUGCGCAUCGAUCGGCUUAGCGGCCAAAUGGAGUUACUGGUUGCUUACAGGAGUAGUGAUCGUGUUCCUGUUGCAGUUGUUGGUUUGGACCUAUACUUGGGUUGUCCAUCCAGCUUGGGUUCACUCCAGGGCCCUUUGGCGUUAUUGCCAGGGAACAGGCACCUGGAGUGAUGUCACACGCCUGCAGGGCCAAAGGCCAUACAUUCCGAUGUGGAAAGGGCCUGGUACCAGCACCCCCUGGACAGCACAGUACGUCCAAAGGGAGGUGCGAGGGAGAGGAUUAAAUCAACGACCUUUAGACCUUUUGGUCGCGGACGGGGUGGCUGUGGCUCGCCUCCGACAUGAUACAAUUAGAGGUCGCACAAACCGGCAUGGGUUUGUUUGCGUUUGUAAUGAGGUACGAGCAUCCUCUCACCGGUACUUCAGACACCACUUGGAAGCGGCCAACUGCGCUAUUCACCUGUGCUCGCAAGAUCCCUGCACGGCGCCAGAAGCGGCACAAGUGCAUAUCAAGGCCAGUUCGGUGAUACCGCAGGAUCGGGAAAUCGAUCUGCAGGACCUUGCAGGAAGGGGACCUUGGGGUAGGUGCGCUGUCCUUACUAGCUUUUGUGGGGGCCUAUGGUGCGGGUGCUGCCGCAAGAGCCUGGUCCGGUGUGCAAAAAUUUGGUGUUGGUGUGUCUCCUGCCGUAGGCGCCCGAGGCGAGUUUCUCGCCCGGGCGGAGGACCCGAGCAUGGCCAAAGUGAUCGGCAUGACGAUUCCGAAACCGAAUCAGAAGCAGAAGUUGGCCCAGCGGAUCAGCCGUGCCAGGCGGAUCAAAUUGCUAUUGAUUCCAAUGGUAAGGUGACCUCGCUGGCCAUGGAGCCGUGUCGGGACAUCGCACGAGGACAACCGGUUUGUCUCCUCAGCGCGGACAAAGCAAGUAGCUGCCUCGAUGGGCUACCCACUUUUGCAGACGAGACGACAGGAUUUCACGCCUGUGAAUAUCACCGCUCGCUGUACCAGGGCUCAUUGGUGGACAGGGUAUGCGCAGUGCAGGGUUGCCUUAAUUCCGCUACAAAGAGGAGGGAAGGCGUCCUCCUGUGCAAAUUACACAGCGCAAAGGAGGAGAAGCCACUCGGGAGCAAAGCCGCCCCGCAAGUCACAUCAAGGAGGCAACCCAGGACGGACAAAGAGCCGGAAGUGGCUCCUGGUCCCUCGAUGGCUACUUUGCCUGUGACGACGAACGGCCGAGCUGGCACAGGCUCCCGGGCUGAUCCUGCGGAUUUGGCGGAGUUGAUGGUAGAACUUCUCCAGGGUAAAGACCCGGAAUCGGCUUUGCGCCUUUUGGCAAGUUCGCAGGGAAAGUGGCAAGAUCCCGAAUUCCAUAAGGACCUGAGCCGGCUGGCGCAAGAAUACAUCUCCCGCCAAGAGGAAAAAGGGGGGGAAUCGUCCAAAGCGCUGAGAGUUCUCAAGCAGUUUGUGACGUCUUCUUCCUCAGGGCAGCACAGCCAGGACAGCGAUCCGGUCAUCACGCUUCUGGAAGCCAAGGAGAGGGUCGAAGAUCAACGCCCUGGUUUGCAAGAUCCAGUACCGCGAUGUCUGGUAGGCGACAUAAGGGAUCCCCAGGUGACCGUAGCGCAAGCCCUCUUCCGACCUAAAGAGCCGGGAGUCACAGGUGUCCCGGGGCCGGCUUCCGGCCCGGGGCACGGUGGUCCGACCUCGAGGCUCGUACCGAGCCCGGGGGCGGUUGACUUUUUUCCUGGAACGGCCCAUGCGAUGCCCUCCCCACCAGGCCAGGGCCUGGGUGCCUUUAGACCUUACCACGCUGGAGCGUACACCGAUCCAGGGCCACCCGCACUUGAUGAAGCUUCUAAGGCCUUGCAAACUAUUGCAAAGGCCAUAUCUUCUAAGGACGAACCCUCUGGCCAGGAACGGGGCAAGCUUUCUUCCAUCGGUAAGACAGAAGAACGUUUGGUCUUCUUGGCACGGGGGUGCGACACUCUCACGGUGCACCUUGGGGAGGCAACGGUAGGCAAGGACCUAUACCACGCCUUAAGAUCCAUGGCUUCGCAGAACAGACCCCUUCUCCGAGAAAUUGGGUACCCAGUCAACAUCAGUAACCGGAUUGCCUUCGGGGUCUCGUCUCUCAACAUUGGAGGCAAGGGAGCCAUCCCGGAUUACUGCCUCAGCGUGGCAGAUUUCCCACAAACAUCUGAAGAAGAGUUUGACCUCUUUUCCCCGCCGGGGGAUAACAAACUCGAGAAACGGGGGAGAAACCCCACCACCCUUACCGGAUGGUACAGGAACGCCUUGCGACAAGCCUGGGCCUUGGCUUGCAUUUUUGGAGCCGAAUUUUACGCAAGUUGGGAAAGCGCGGCUGCGCAGCUCCUCAAACUCGGAGAAGAAUAUACUCACGCUUGGCCCUUGCAAGCUGUACUCAGCACCUGGGAAGAACUUUGGGGCCGCUUCGUGGAGGAACUCAGGACUAUCGAUCGCGGAGCACGAAGAGAAAUGCAGGAUGAGAGUCCCAGUUUUGACCGACUGCGGUUUUUUGCUACAUCGCCGGGAGCCGACGGGACGCCCUGGCUUAGGUUGCCCCAGACUUUUGACCUGCAAGCCUUGGGGGAAUAUUUCCAAACAGACAUCGUCCCUCGUCAGAAACGGCUUCUUGAUCGGGCCUGCUGGAAUAUGGCGUUCAAACGCCCCGCCCUGGCAGGGGGCAGAGCCGGAGAAAAUGUAGACGACACAGCAGGAAGUCUCGGAGAGGGUGUCAAGGCCGGAGGCCAAACCGCUCCAAAGCCAGGGGCCCCACAGAAAGAAGUUGGUCAACUGCUUGGGUCUCCGCUGACGCAGAAAGAAGUGAGUCGGUCUAUGGACCAUCGUCCCAAGGAUCGCACCGGUAAAUACCUCUGUUGGGAUCACUUCUCCCAUCGCAAAUGCGUAAAGGGUAAGGACUGUCCCCACUCGCAUACCGGAAGUGCUCCGCGCUGGGACACGCUCGACUGGAGCAUUCAGAUGCAGUUAUUGCGCCGAGGCGGGCAUCCCGCCCGGGCAAAACUGAAAGCCGGCCAGGUCGACGCGGCAAUUGAAGCUAUCCGCAGAGAGCAGGCAGCGAAACUAGCUGCCAACGUGCAGGAAGGAAAAAGGGUCAAGGAACGGGAGACCUCUAAAAGGGCAGCCGGGCAGCCAGGUGACGCUCCAGAUAGCCACACGCAGUACCGCAAUGAAACCAGGGCUGGCUGGAUCUCUGCCCCUGAAGGUUUAAACAACUUCGCGCCAACCGAUAUGGAAGGACCACUUGCGUUGCUCAUGACCGGCCAGGCGGAGACCAGUUGGACUGCAGAUCACUCUGGUCCUGCGGUGCGCACGGCCAAACUUACCAUUCCGGACGAUCAACCGGAGGCUGUGGAACGGAAAAAACGCAUGGAAAUCAUCGACGACGCCUUGCAGUUGCCGGAGGUACCCCCACACUUGGGUGUAUACCUGCGGAAUCGGGCCCUCGCCGAUGCAUCCGAUGCUACCGACCAACCUCAAGCUGCCGAUAUCCAGCGAUAUCUGGACGAAGCCUUACAGGAAGGAAGCGCAGAGCUGGUCGCUGAGGCCACCGAGUUCCUACAAACCUACCCGGAUCUGCGCGUGGGGUCUGUCACACAUCGCGGGGCACUCAGCGCCCUGUCCAUGGACAGCCGCCUGGGUGCCUCCACUGGAACUUUCACCUGGCUCGACACUUCUUACCAUGUGUACGAUUACGGCGACCAGUUAAGCCCAGCUCACUCGGGACUAUUGCCGGACGACGAGCCGCAUCCCUCACAGGAACCAAGGCAAUGUUUCUUUCUCCAUGUCGCGGCCGGUUUACUUGCCCGAAAGUCAGGACAUCCGCCUACCUAUGAAGAGGCCUGUGUACAGGCGCUGGCCCUUCAGCGCGAAAUGCACCAGUCGGCGGAGGACUGCCUUCAAGCCCUGGGGCCUGAGCCCGAUCAGUGCACCCAAGCAGAGGACGAUCUGCGGACUUUCGCGCAUGAUGCUCUCUACUUCGGACACGACAAAGAUUAUCGAUGCUUGGCCGCGCUGCCUCUGUCUGCAGCCGAAGAGCGUACGUUUUGCUUGGUCCGCAUGGACGACUGGCGCCGUGUUACCUGUGAAGUCAUCCAGGGCAUCGGAUCCUGUGCUACGCCCCGAAGCCUUGUCUGGCUUCUGGUCCAUCAAGGACAUAUGCGCCUGCUUGUUCCACCUUCUGACCAAGCUUUGCCCGAAGGCGCCCGAGUCGUCACCGCCGCAGGCUGGGAACUCCACCUUGAAGCAGCCUUGACGCACGGGGCGCGUAUUCGCGCCCGUGCUGCCAAACCCUGCCCUCGAUGCCACUCUGAUCCACAUCGGCGUACCGGCCGCCCGUCGGGCGUCUUUGGUUUGUACCCAUUCCCCUCGCCGCCCCCUCUAGCCACUCGCGCCGGGGCGCCUUCUUGGGAUGACACGGAGCCCGAUCCGUCGUGCUGGUCCAGGCAGGACUUGGCCUCUUGGCUCGGCACCGCCUUCCCCGACGGAACUCGCCCCGAUCUCCUUGACCUGGCCCCUCCUCCCUUGUCCGUGGCCACGGGGGUCAGGCAAGCUGGGGGUCUCGCCUUCCAUUCUCCCAUCCAGGAUGAUCUUGCUCUCCGGUGCGGGGCCACUCGCUCCAAGCUUCGGGCUGUUGUCACUCUCCUCCAUUCGCGGCAUCUUUGGCUCACCUUGCCCCUCCAUCCUUUUGGGGGCUGGGGCCGCUUAGAAUCAGCCCGUGGCAAGGACACUUCUCCUAGCUUUGGCUGUGGGCGUCGUUGCCUUGCCUUCCUCUUGGAAUUGUGCCGCAUUCAAGCGUCAUUAGGGGGCACCUUUAGCGUGCUCCACCACCUGACCAGCACUGCCUGGCGGGAACCAGCCCUGCUGCCCGAGGCGCGUUUCGCGCCCGAGGCCAGCCUGCGACGGGCUGGUCACACAGCUCUGACCCUCCCCUUUGGGACGGUGCUGGGGCAGGGGGGGCGGCCCAACAAGGGAGCGAACUCCUCGAAGCUGCGGGCGGGUGGAAAGAGGAGGCCGCCAAGCAGCUUUGGGAAGACGCUGCCAAAGGGCGGUCUCUUCUCUGUUAUGACAGAGGACGUGGCGGAGGCUUUCAAAUGGGUCCCCAUCAAACUUGAAGAUUCGAAACUUUUCGCUGCAGAUGUUCCUGCCGAAUUCACCCAGUCCCCAGAGGGAACCACGUUGGUUUACAAUUUUCUGACGUUUGGCUGGUGCGGCGCCCCGGGAGAGUACAUGCACUUUGCUUGUGUCAUCAAGUCAGCUCAUGGCUCGUUUGCCCCGGACAACGAUCGAUGGGAGGAUGGCGUGCCCUUCCACUCCUUUGUCCUUAUGGACGACACCGUCCUAAUUGAACCAGAGUUGGGCUUCAGACCGCAGCUCUCGGUUGCCUUGUCAGAAUACGUGACCAAAGCUACGCUUGGGGAGAAGAGCAUCAACGUUGCAAAGGACGCUCUCGAAGGUAAGCUUGAAUGUCGUAAGUUGAUAUGGGGACUGGUGUACGACACCCAGUUCUACACACGUAGCCUCCCGGCAGCAAAGCUGGAAAAGGCGUACCAUCUUUUGCAUCUCCCUGAUUUUGACAGCGGGUGCACCCAUGUGCCGCUCCGACUCGUUCAGGAAUUAAGAGGAAACCAGCAAUUUUGGCUGGCCGUGCUCCCGGGGCUCAGCCCCUACUUGGGGGCGACGAACGACCUUCUAGGCCCAGCUGAUGAAAGGGGAUUCGCGAGACCUAGGGGCACGGUGCUACAGCAGAAGGCAAUCUGGGCACGUUUUUGGGAAUCAAUCGAACUCCAAAGAUUGCUUGUGGAUGCUAGCUCCAAGUGGGAAGUCCGGUUUACACACCCCCUGACUUCGGCCCUUACUGUCCCAGAGCUUCUUUCUUUUCCUGGAAUGAGUCAAAAAGUUGUUUGGGCGUCAGGGGAUGCAACACCCCAUAAGCUGGCGGCCGUGGAUUGGGAGGCCAACGAGGCGGUGGUCGAACCGGCCGAACCCGUUUGGGAACGCCUCCGACGGUUUUGCGCUGAGCAUGAUCCGGAGCUCGCAGCUGCCGAGGGAAUGACAAGGCCCGUCGACGAGGCUCGUUCCGAGCCCGGAGACGGAUUGAUGAUUUCGCUCGCGGAGUUGUUAGCCGUUGUGUCGCUGGCAUGCUUAAGAUGGAAGUCCUGGAAAGGGAAGAUUGUCGUCUAUGCCGGAGACAACCACAACGUUAUUUCGUGGCUUGCCAAGAGACAGGCGGGCCCGCCAGCGGCUCGGUUCCUGUUGCAGCUGUUAGCGGCGCUCGAAACGGUAGGAGGUUUCCGCCUGCAUGCCGAGUACAUCCGAACCUACCACAACCAAGUUGCUGAUGCUCUCACCCGCGAAGAAGAAGGGCCAGUUUUGGCAGCGUGGAACCUGGAACGAAGGGCAUUCUCAGAAGUCCUCCUCUCCACUCUGGACCGAGGGUGGACACGUCGGGCCCUCCUAUGGGACGGAAUGGACCAUGAAGAUCAAGCCGCAGCCCUGCAGCUAGGGCUAAGGCGGCAUCCGGAAGGCCCCCAGGGGCAUCAAUUUCCAUUACGGCCAGGCAUUAUCUGCUGCGAGCUCGGUCAGGAGCCUCGGGUAUACCAUGUGGAACUGUUGUCCAAGGGUGUGGAGAUGCAGGAACCCGACCAAUUGACUGACGGGGAAGUGACCUGCGCCUUUUACUGUGUCGGAAGGGACGAGGUUGCUACUGCGUCCCGCCUUGCACAGCAAGCCCAGGAUCUUAAACCCCAGGGUAUCUGGGCCGACUCCAUCUCCUCUCUCGGUUUGAGAAGCGCUCAAAAUAAGCUUCGAGAACAUGGAUGGCAAACGCGGGUGGUACUUAUCAGCGGCAGAACGCUUCAAGAUCAGUGUUGGUGGAAACGAUGGGUCCUUUUGGCUGUCCCUCAGCACAAGACGAUACCAGACCUUCCGUGUCUGACCGCGGAAGAUGAACCGGAGACCGCCCCGCUGCACACGUACCCAACAGAGUGGUUACCCCUGUUGUCUAUUUUGGCUACCCCCCGUAGUUUGGCUCUGACGGCUGGGAAGUGGGCUAGCUCAUUGGGUAGCACUGGGCCGCGCACUCCAGCAGAAACGAACCAAGCGCAAACCCCACGACAUCUCGUGGACUCUUCCAACUCAGAGGUUCGCUUUGAACCCGGACCGCUCGCCGAGGACGAGGCUCGUUUCGAGCCCGGCCAGCCUUCAGCCGACAGAAAAGUUGGGAUUUGCGAGUUACCUUGGGAGACUGCAGCGCGAGAAGCGCUCAUGUCGUGGCUUCAAGAGCGCGGCUGGGGGGAUCCCAAGGUUGGAGGGAAAAGCAAAAAGCAGAAAAGGGGCGGCCACAGGAUGGAUUGGCGAGAAGAGCUGUCGAAGGGCAUGGCCCGCUGCCUCAGGCACGAAUCAGGGAGCGACAGUUGCCCAAUCUCUGAAGACGGUUGGGUCAGAUUGACCGACCUCUUGGGAUACCUCCGCAAGCGCCUCCAGUGGCCGGAGAAGUAUUUCACCGAGAAGGUCAUCCGGGACGCCGUUGAAGAGAACUUCAAGCAGCGGUUCGUUGUCAGGGAUGACGGCGGAUGCCCAUAUGUGGCAGCUUGGUCUGGCCACACCAUCAGUGGUGUCUACGGACCAGGGGUCGAGUUCUAUGUGACGGGCAAUUCCGUUUGGUUGGCAAAUGGGACAAUCCCGCCCAAAGCUUUGGGCGAUGUCUCGGAUUGGGACACGUCCGAGUUCUGGUAUGCGGCCGGGGGAUCCAAAAAGAAUUUGAAACAUGCUUCUACCAGCAGUCAGGUGGAGCCGGUGCAGCCGCGCCACGAGGAACCCAGUUCCAGUUCCAAGCGCAAGAAGGAGCGGAGCCUUGAUGAAUGGAUAGAGGAGGAGGAGCCUCGCAAUUCUGCGAAACUCAACCUCGCAGCAUACCGCUCGAUAGCUUGGCCCCCGUCCAAAGCCCGAGAAAGGGAUCCCAGAGAGGAGUUGGCCCAGACCGCGUCAGACUUGGCGGCAGCGGUCGCUGGCCUGACCUGCCAAGAAGGCGAGGAGGAGGUCAGUGUCGACCCGGACACCUUGAAGGCAGAUGUCGUUGUUAUCUCCGAACCCGAUUGGGGAGCCUCCGAUCCGGAAAUCCAAGGAGCGCUUGCCCCCUUAAAACAAUUGGAGGAAUCAUGCGCGGUCAAAGCCGAGGCUCGGUUCGAGCCCGGUGAAACUCCUCAGGAAUCCAUCCCUCCUGCCAAGGAUGACGUCGGAUUCAAUGAACCGGCUCACGACCCAGCCCAGGCUGCCGCAUCUGGGGAAGCUAUUAUGGCUGUUGAUCAGCCUGAGCCUGCCUCCAAGGGCGCCGAGGAGGGACCCAACACCCAGGCAGGAUUGCCGGGCCAAGAGAGCCCUGAGGCUCCUGCCGUGCCCAAGGCGCCCGUCGAGCCCAGCAAACCAGAGUUGAAGACAGAAAGCUGCAAAGAGGAGGUCGAGGGCGAGGAAACCGCGGGGUUGCCUCGGGCUAAGGACACCCUCUCUAUGGCUAGGGAUCGGGAUCCCGAGACACGUAUCGUGUCCGGGAAGACCGUCCAGCCGAGCGAACCCGAGCUGAAAACGGAACGCUGCGAGGGGGAGACCGAUGGCGGAGAAACUGCCGGUCCUUCUCAGGCUAGGGACAUCCCCGCCCCGACCAGGGAUCGGCCCCUGGUGAAGCUGGGGUCUGGAAAGCUCAGGCUGCUGCAGGAAGUAGCUAGAGCUGAUGAAGCCAACUGGAAGAACCUCCAGGAGGCCCUCACCAAAGCUGAAGAAGAUGGGUCAAUUAAACAGGAGUUGGUGGACGACCUGUCGCGGCUCACAGAGCAGCGAAAGGCGGCUGCGGAGGGGAUUCAACAAAGCCUGGAGACCGAAAUCCAGCGCAUCAAAGACGCUGAGGAAGAGGAUGAAGGUUACCUGAGCGCCUUGGACGCCCAAGGGAGGUACAUGCGGGAGUUGGAAAAGAAAAAUCCUGUGCGACCCUCCAAGUCCGUUAAGAUCCUCAAGUCUGCCCGGCUCGAUCUCGAAAUCGAAGCGGGAGUCGGCGUCUGGGUGGCCAGGCGCCGAGAGAAGGGCAGACUGAGGGCGCAAGCGCAUCGUGAAAGAACCCGAGGAGGAGGAGCUCAUGCCUCUGCAGAGCCCCUCACAUCCCCCGAGCAGGCGGAAGAGGUUCGUAAGGAAGCCGCGCGGAAAGAAAUCCGGGACUUCAAAGCCUCGCUGUUGCAGGCCGACGGCCAACCAAAGAAGUUUCGAAGAGCCCCAGAUUCACAAAAACGAAGGGAGGUAAAGAAGCUGAGGCGUCAGACUCGCCGGAACGACGACGCCAGCAGGGACACCAAUCAUGCCAUCGCACAUGCCUACCAGUUUGGUGGGGAAAUGGUUGUGCGGCAGACUAUUCUGUGGCCUGCUGUGCGAAACUAUGGGUCAGGAGUCUGCCUGGUUCUGUGGCGCUGUGGGCGAACCCGUCCUGCAACAGGGCAACAAGCGAGCUCCCGAGGACCGGUUUCCGGCCCAGGAAAGAGCAACAAAAUGCCAGAUCCGCUCCGAAGCUCGGGGUCGGGGUCCACCUACUCCGUGGGCGGCUCCACAGAAACCUUGCCCGGGGCGAGCCGAGGCUUGACUUCGAGCCCGGCGGUUCCGGCUUUACCUCCCUCAGCCGAACCAGCUUACAGACGGCGAAUCCGUCUGGAGGCUGGCCCUGCCGAUCCGCAGGGGGUCCCGCGAUGGCACAAACUCGAAUGUUCAAGGCCGGGCCCCGGCCGGUGGGUUGAGCCGUGCAAAGAUUGUGCCGGGCAACCAGGACACGUGCAGCCUUCGGGAGCUGCCUACGCCACCUUAAGUGGCGAAAGAUGGCAUCAAGAAGGAUGCGGUCACAUCCGAGGCCGCAGACAAGUCCGCUAUGAGCGAUGUCUGUGUCACCAGAGCGGGACCGACACGCAGACGGCCCGCAAAAACCCCAGGCAGGGAACUCGACAACGGAGGGUCGACGACGCCAGCCGGGACACCAACCAUGCUGUCGCGCACCUCUUCUACGGGGAAGUCGGUCUCCUCCUCUUAGUCGUGUUCUAUCUUCUAGGAGUCUUGCACUCCUGCUGGCAGACGGGAAAGGACGAGGCCCCGCUGGAGCAGAGAAACGAAAGACGGGUGGGAAACUCUAGUGCCCGACGGGUACGUUUUUCGCCUUAUCUGGAAAGCUUGGCGGACGACUCAAACCCAAAGGAAACGCCGGCCGUCAAACAAGGGAUCAGUGACAAAACCUGUCGGAGCCCAAAGGCCGUCAAAGAUCUCCUUGGGCACAAAGCCCCGCAGCUCGGUCUGAAAUUAAAAAAUCGGCAAGAUUAUCAACAAGAAGCUGUUAACGUGGCUUUGGACAGGUUAGCCUUGACGACCCGUCGGACAUACGCAGCGCAGUUGAAAUGGUGGCGCCUGUUUUGCGCCCGGCGCCAGGUGCAUUGGCUCCUAACGGGUGUGCCGACCGACGAGGAUCUUAUUAUUGACUACUUGCUUCACUGCGCUAUCAAUGAACAGCGUGCUCCGGGUACCUUGAAGCUACGCCUCGCUGCUGUUCGCAGCAUUCAUGUGACGCUGGGGCUACCCGAUCCAUUAGAAGGGAGAAACCGAGUGGCAAUGGCUUUGGCAGGUUUAAGGAGACGUUACAAGACACCCACCAGGCGAGCACCUGUGACACCUCGCAUGUUGCAAUGGUUGGAAAGAUAUCUCCGAGGCCCCGAUUCGGGCCCGGAGGGUCUUAUCCUCUGGGCAGCUGUGUGCUUGGGGUUCUUCUUCUUACUCAGGGCAUCAGAAUUUUUACCCCUGGGGUACAUCCCUUUCUCUCGCCAAUUGAAAGGGAGGCAGGUACUCCUCUUCAGUGAGGGAGAACAGUGCGAUCUUCGCACCCUGGGAAAGGCAGACGAAGUCCGGAUCCAACUGAGUGGAAGCAAGACCAACUACAAUCUGGAGACCAACCGCAACCACUACAAGACCGGAGAAACCGUCUGCCCAGUCCUGGCUGUCAGGCAACUCUUCCAGAAGUAUCCGAAUCGAUACCUAGGCGGCGUUGAAGCCGACGAGCCGCUAUUCAGGUCGCCUGAAGGCUGGGAUAUUCCGAGGGAGGCUGUGCAAAUGCUCUUGCGUCGCGCAGCCGAAGCCUGUGGAGUUGCAGGCCAUUUGGGCUCGCACUCCCUGCGAUUUGGCGGCGCAUCAGCACUUUGGGCCGCCUACAAAGAUGCAUCUGUGGUCAGGCGCUACGGGCGGUGGGCAUCCGACGCCUUCCACACUUACUUGUGGGAGGACCGCGAGUAUUCCCGCGGCAUGUCGGAAUCCAUGAUCAAGACCAGCCUCACGCCCACGCGUGUUUCACGCCCGGUCCUUGCGGCAGCCACUCCAGCUGUACAGUGGCAAGGGAGGGGUGUGAGCCCGGAGGGCAAAGACCUUUUCAAUGCCGACGCGCGCAAAAAGUGCGUUCUUGCUGUUGAGUGGCGGGUUGCGGGCUAG